UGCUGUCCGAGAGUUCCUCAGUCUCCAAAAAGCAGCUGAAGGGUUCCAGAGCCAUGCCACUGCCCCAGAUCCCAUGAACCCUAAGACAGGAGCUCACUACUGGGAUAAGCAGGGUCCUGGACAUUGGGGAUCCAAAACCGUGGGAGCUUUGAGGCCUUAAUAUCCUGGGAUACAAGAGAUGUGUGCAGCUUUAAGGACUUUCAGAGAGCCACUGGGAGAAUAAGGAAUCACGGAAGACACCAAGGACUGGUGAACCACAAGGAUCUCAACAGAAAACAGACAGCAAUAAAGGUCAGAAGACACCUGGGUGAAGAAUUUGAUUUACCACUGUCUGGAGGUUGAGGAAGAGAAAACAGAAGAAAAAAGCUACCAAAAAGUAGGUGAGGCGAUAACAGAAGCAAUCAUGAGAUGCGUAACAUGGUGCAUGGGCAUCAUGCUCUGCCUCUCCAUCUGCUUGCUCAGCAAGUGCCACUCAGGAAAUGAACUCAUGCAAUCUCGAAAACGGCGAGCACCUGCCGAUGACUCCAAGAAAUGUUCCUACACUUUCCUGGUGCCCCAACAGAAAAUCACAGGCCCGAUCUGUGCCUCAGCCACCGGACCUGAGCCAGACAAAGACCGGGUGACACGUAUGGACAUUGCUGAUGUGCGGGAGGUCCUUUCCAAGCAGCGACGAGAGAUUGAAAUGCUGCAACUAGUGGCGGAUGUGGAUGGGAACUUGGUAAAUGAGAUGAAGCUUCUACGCAAAGAGUCUCGUAACAUGAACUCCAGAGUGACGCAGCUCUACAUGCAGCUGCUUCAUGAAAUCAUCCGCAAGAGGGACAACUCCCUGGAGCUGGCACAGCUGGAGAACCGCAUAUUGAAUGUCACCACGGAGAUGCUCCGACUGGCCUCCCGUUACAAAGAGCUGGAGCUGCGUUUCGCAGGCCUUGCUGCCACAGUCAACAACCAAUCGGUGCUCAUCGCUGCCCUGGAGGACCGCUGUCUCCGUGGAUAUGGACGUCAAGAUCUGCCAGCAGUGCCGCCGCUGGUGCAGGUGGUACCAGAGAGCAUUCCAGCCAACAACAACCGCUUCACCAAUGAGAUUCAGAGAGACAACAACAACCGAGCAUAUCCUCGAGGAUCACGAAUGGACGCCCCAACACCCGACCCACUGGGAAUCCCACCACCCCCACAGGGCACCCUCACCUCAGAUGGCCCGUUCAGAGACUGUUUCCAGGUGCGGCAGGCGGGGCACAGCACCAGUGGGAUGUAUCUGUUGAAGGCAGAGGGUAGUGAUAGACUGAUUCAGGCCUGGUGUGAACAUAAAUUAGACAAUGGAGGCUGGACCGUUUUUCAGCGAAGGAAAGAUGGCUCAGUCAACUUCUUCAGAAACUGGGAGAACUACAAGAAAGGCUUUGGGAACAUAGAUGGAGAACACUGGCUGGGCUUGGAGAACAUCUAUAACCUAGCCAAGCAGGGGGACUACAAAUUGCUGGUGGAGCUGGAGGACUGGGUUGGGAAGAAGGUCUAUGCAGAGUACAGCAGUUUCCAUCUGGAGCCUGAAAGCGAGGCCUUCAGGUUGAGACUGGGCACCUACCAGGGCAAUGCCGGAGACUCCCUCACAAGCCACAAUGGAAAACCCUUCACAACGCUUGACCGGGAUAAAGACGCCUUUACAGGCAACUGCGCUCAUUUCCACAAAGGCGGCUGGUGGUACAACGCGUGUGGUCAAACCAAUCUGAACGGAGUGUGGUACUCCGGCGGUGUGUAUCGCAGCAAGUUCCAAGAUGGGAUCUUCUGGGCGGAGUAUGGAGGCGGGUUUUACUCGCUCAAAACGGUCCGUAUGAUGAUCCGGCCAAUAGACUGAGGUUCGCCCAGGACCUCACCCUCAUAUCAAACCCGAAUGAGUCUAAAUUGCUUGAAUGUACUCAUAACUCACUUCAGCACUUAUUUAUAAUCACACAUUCAUGUUUAUGAGGAUUGACAUGUAUAGCACAGUAUAGUCGUCAUUGGUACCAACAGAAUUAAAAAUCAUGAAAAGGAGGAGUUAAAGGACAUGCGUUUAUCCAGACUCGUACAACGAUGCCCUUUGGUCUGUUGAACAGUCCAUCGAAAUGCAGAGAAGACGACAUAAGAAACUAAAAGUUGGAGUCGGAUGACAACACAGUCAACUUCAGGGUCUCCUGCUCUUCGUUUCCUUCAUUUUUCUUUUACUGUUCUUCUUAUGUUCUUCUUCACUGCAAUAUCUUCAUUGCGGUCUGUUCCUUCUGACUCUUCCUCAUUGCUUGGACUGAUGACUUCAAACCCUCAAUCGCAGGUUUUUGUAAUCAAAGAUCUUCACAACUAACCAGGUUUUGACCUCUGGCUUUGGAGGCGUGUCUGUAACAGGACUGGCACUGGGCUGAACUGUUCGCCAGGCCCCGUCUGCAUUCGGGGGUAAUGUUGGUCUGUAAAUAUACUUCAUGUUUUAUAUUUGUUUGUUUUUGUAAGAGUUAAUUUAAGGACUCAUCUCCAAUCCGCAGUAUUCAUUUGUUAUUUAUAUAUCAGUGAUCUGUAUUUAUGACAGUUAUAAUCCUUAAAUCAUCUAUUUAUCCCUGAUUAUGAUGUACCAUUGUGGUUUUGACAAACUUUUGUAUACUUUUACCAAAAGAGAGCAAAUAUUACAUCCAGGGUUGUAGCCACCAUGGAAAUUGAAAGGAACAUGACCCCCAACAUCCAGCUUAGAGGUCGAUCAAUAUGCAUUUUCAAUGUCUAAAUUUUAAAUUCAAUGUUAUUUCUGCAAUAAUAUAGUAUAUUUUCAAGUGAAAUUAGAUAUUCAGCAAAAAAAUCCAGGGAAGGACUUGACUUAAUUUGGUGGGAGUUGACUGGACUGUAAAAAAGUGGACGUUAAAGGGAUAGUUCACCUAAAAAUGAAAAUUAUCCCAUGAUUUACUCACCCUCAAGCUACCUAGGUGCAUAUGACUAUCUUCUUUCACACAAACACAGAUAUGUUUAAAAAUAUUCGUAGUCCUCCAAGGUUUAUAAUGGUUGUAAAUGGGGGGCCACGUUUAAGUCAAAAAUAAUGCAUCCAUCCAUAAUCCAUACGACUCAGUUGGUUAAUAAAGGCCUUCUGAAGCGAAGCAAUGCAUUUGUGUAAGAAAAAUAUCCAUAUUUGAAAAUUUAAAAAAUCAUCUAAGCUUACACUACUCCUACAUCCUGCGUCAUACGCUGCGUCAGAGGAUUACUUAUUUGGCGCAAAUCAACUGCGUAGGUUCGUCUGUUAAAUAUGGAUAUUUUUCUUACAAAAACGCUUCGCUUCACAUCAGAAGGCCUUUAUUAACCCACGGGGGUCGUAUGGAUUACUUUUAUUGUUAUGAAUGGAUGCAUUAUUUUUUUACUUCAAAACAGGCACCCCCAUUCAUAACCAUUAUAAACCUUGGAGGACUAAGGAUAUUUUUAAAUUUAUCUCCGAUUGUGUUCGUCUGAAAGAAGAUAGUCAGAUACACCUAGGACGGCUUGAGGGUGAGUAAAUCAUGGGAUAAUUUUCAUUUUUGUGUAAACUCUUUAAAUUCUAUAAUGGAGCCAAACCAAAUAUAAGUUUGUUAAAACAUGUGGUUAAGAUUAUCCAACAGUUUGUGUGGCCUCAGUGAGAGACAAACUCGUUUCAGAGUAUUAUGAGCAAAUUAUUAUAUUUUAAAUUAAGCUUUCGGAACUCAAGAAUUGGCUUCCUUUUAAUUAAUGAGUUGGAAUUUUAAGUGAAUUGGUCAUGCUUCAGAGGAAUUGGAAUUUAUUGAACAAAAGUUAAUUUAUUAAAUAAAGUAUAAAACCCUUCAAAAGGCAUAUAGACUUUUAUAACUAUCAGACAAGGCUUGGUCAAGCCAUCAUUCAAAGCUUGUCUUGUCGUCUUUUCUUCCUUUUCUAGCAACAUUUGUAGUAAUAAUAUGGGUUUCUUUGAAUUUCAGUUCAUAUUAAUUGUACUUCUUAAAAUUCAGAUUGCAAUUCUGUAUAGUGUUAGUGCAACCUUAGUGAAAUCAGAGGUAAAUAGCAAAAUGAGCUAAUUAUUACAUUUGAAAUGAAAGAUGAAUUGGUCACAAAAAGACCAUGAAUGAUAAUUUUGUAAGUAAAUGUGGUCGAUUUUGAUUUCAUGUUGACUUUUUCAUUUGGUCCCCCAAUCUUCAGUAUUUGGUUACACCAUAAAACAACAAAACAAAAAAACAUUUGAACUUUGCAGAAUUUAUGAAAACACGCGAACUGAUUUACUCCAUUGACUUAUGCCCGAAUGUAAUUUUGGUACGAACGCAAUGAAAAACAUUUUUGUUUAAAUGAUCUCUGAAUCCACUCUUAACGCUGCAACACUGAAUAAAACAGCGUCCAAAAGUC